UAGUCGUUGGAGUGUUGGGAGCACCUCCUGCCCAUUACCCAGUCAUUUUAGGUGGCCCAGGUCCAAAACAGCGCAUUUACUACUCCUCGAGCCUCCCCACUCUUAGUUUAAAGACCUAGUCUUGCUCUACUCCCGUUCAACCAGUGUCAGGCCUAUCGAGGCUGCUCUAAUGAAAUGGCACCAGUGAUCAACCCUGAAGAAAGCGUUGACGCCUACAUUCGCCGCCUUGAUGGCGUGGCCUGCUCUACUUACGUGCUUGUUAUGCUCCUCGUUCCGCUCAAGAUUUGGUGUCGAAAAAAAGCAGGUGGCUGGGCAAAUAUCGGUCUGGAUGACAUUAUGACCGUGGUCGCCCUUCUCCUAGCUAAUGGCUUCUUCUAUACUUGCAUAAUCGGCAUGAGAUCUAUGCUCGGGCGACAUGUCGACAGCCUCCCCAAUCCUCUGAUGAUUAUCGACUUUCUGAAGUGCAUCUGGAUUGCCCAGAUCUUCUACACAUUUGCAAUCGCAUGCAUUAAAUUCGCAGUGCUCGCAUUUUAUUGGCGGUUGUUCUCCGUCCACGCAAGAACAGCAAUAUGGAUUGUGGCAGCUGCGUGCGUAGCAUGGUUCAUCGCGAUUCUGUGUUGUGUCAUCUUCAACUGCGUACCGGUCCAGGCAGCAUGGGACAUCACCAUGAAAGGUGCAAAGUGCAUCCCAAUUCGGUCGAUAUACUUGGGAGGAUCGGUGCCUAAUGUUGUCCUCGAUAUCAUCAUAGUGGCUAUGCCGUUGCCCUACGUUUGGCGCCUUCAUGCUCCGCUCGGACAACGACUAAUUCUAGCCGGAAUGUUUGUCCUGGGAACAUUCAUCGCUGUCGUUUCAAUGGUUCGCCUGAUUAUCUUCCUCCAAAUACCAAUCGCCACCUCCGGAGACCUAACUUACAACUUCCGCGAGAUUAUCGUCUGGUCCAUUGUCGAAAUCAACAUCGGCCUCUCGUGCGCCUGCCUCCCCAGUCUCAAACCCGCUGUUUCUCUCAUCGGCCUCAAUAGGCUUUUCUCCUUUAAUGGCUCCCGCAUAUCAGACGCCAAAUCGCCUGGACCCAGUAGCGGGUACCCUUCCCAUCAAUACAACAGCAACGACAAUUCGCGGAAGUCCCGUCCGCGUAAGAAAGGGGCAACUGGCGGCUUGUUUUCAACCAUUGGCGGGCUCACUAAGCUAGAUAGUGAGGAAGAUCUUAAGAUCGUGGAUGCUGUACAUGGGCAAAACCAGACAGAAAUAGAAAUGAUGCGGUUAAGCGACGACAGUGGGAACACCACAUCGAAGGGAGCGCCAGCGAAUGGAAUUGCCGUGCAGAAGGACUGGACCGUUUCCGUAGAUAGGAAGAGCAAUAUCUAGAUCUAAUUUCGACACUAGCGAUGCUGCUUAAGCUACAGUAGAUCUUGACCAGCACGUACCAACCGAUCUGAAAUACAGGACUACGUACGGCUCGUCCGAACAUAGACUUCAUGAUUGCGCAGACUGCGCAGACUGCGAUUGCGGAGCACCGCAGGGUGGUGCACUGACACUUACCUCGCAGAUUUUGAGUGACUUUGUAGGAUUCUAAACUCUGCAUUAUAUGUACAGGGUUAACUAGGAUUAA